AUGCAAUAUGUUUUUCAAGGUCUGGAAAUCAUCCGGUUAACAGAGACAUUUACAUUUAAUCCAAAAGAGGGAAUAGACAACCCAGUGAUGGUCACCAUAGAAGAUGCAGACUCUGUGUCCACACCCAGCCCACGUCUGUGUGUUCUUAAACGAGAGGAAGGGGAGUCCUACGGCUUUAAUCUGCGGGUGGAGAGGGGACGCCAGGGUCACAUCGUCAGAAAUGUAGUGUCAGGAGGCGUGGCAGGGUUCAGUGGCCUUAAAGAUGGAGACAGGCUUCUGGAAGUCAACAACUGCUUUGUGGAGGACGUCCCUCACCCUGAGGUGGCUGGGAAGAUAAGGCUCAGUGGAAAUCAGUUAUGUUUAUUAUUGUUGGAUGGCGAGGAGUACGAGCAGGCUUUGUCCCGAGGUGAAGACCUCCAAAGUCUGGUCAGUGCGCACAAGGGCGAGGGCUGCAGACCACCCAGACUCUGCCACAUCACCAGGGAUCCAGCCUCAGGUCUGGGCAUCAACUUCACACCCGUGGAAGGUAACUCUCACCAGAAAGGUUGCUUCUCUGUGAGCCUGGCAGCAGGAGGUGCAGCGGAAAAGGCUGGGGUGUGUAAAGGAGAUCACCUGGUGUGGAUAGACGGAGCAACAGUGUCUGAUCUCACACACUCUGCACUCAGCAGGAUGAUAAAAAAAUGUGGCAAUCACAUCACCAUCCUUGUGAUUGACGGUGAGAGUGAGAAGAACUACCUGCGUCAGAGGAGGCCCAUUCUGCCCGCCAUGGCUGUUCCACAUAACCUGCCUCACAGAGCCAGAAGACUCCAACUGGUGUCAGAGGGCGACGGCUACGGCUUCCUGCUUCGGCUGGAGAAGGCAGCAUCAGGACGCAAAUCUCAUGUUCUGCGUGCGAUGGAGAGUGGCAGUCCUGCAGAGAAGGCAGGUAUGAAGGAUGGAGAGCUGCUGCUGGAGGUCAAUGGGGAGGUGGUGGAGUCAUUGAAGCAUGAGGAGAUAGUUGACAGAGUGAGACAGAGUGGAGAACAGAUAUCUCUCACCACCAUCACUCUCGUGGGGCUGGAGUUUUACACCCAGUUGGGUCUAUCCCCGCUUCUCUUCUGUGAGGAUGCUGCUGUCGAGAGAGAAAAGGAGAGCAGCAUAUCAGCCUCUGCAGCAGAGCAGGCUCCACAAAAGGAAAUGGAUGACUCAUGUAAGCCCAGACACUGCUCCGUCCGAAAAGGCCCUUUGGGGUUUGGCUUUAACCUGGACAGUGUUCCACAGGGUCCUGGGACCUUCAUCAGUCAGAUGGCUUUUGGGGGCUCUGGUCAGAGAGCUGGACUGUGCGUGGGUGAUGUUGUGAUGGAGGUCGAUGGACAAAAUGUGGAAGAUAAGUCUCUGGAGGACGUGAUUAUGCUUGUGAAAGAAGGAGGACAUUUUAUUUCUUUACUAGUCAUGUAUAAGACUAACAUGAGGCGCAAGCAGACUGACACACCAACAAGAGACAUCCCUGACAGUGAGGAGGAAGAAAAUAAUGAAAUAUCAUGUCUGUGAGUGACAAAGAUACUCACCCUAUUGUGAAGAUAUUCUGCAUCCCAUACGUCUACUGAAGAGACUUCAAACUGAG